CGGGCCCUCCCUCCGCCCUGGGCCCUCCCUCCGCCCGGCGCUCCGCGGGCGCCCGCCUCCCCUCGCCGGGGGCUGCGAGUGGCCUUUGGUAAAGCCCAGCCCCGGAAUAUAUAGAUCAUUGGAGCGCAAUGAAGUAGGCUUUGGAGAGGAGGGAGGGUGGCCGGUCCGACAGCCACAGCGGCCAGCGCGGCGGCAGCAGAGGCAGCGCCAGAGGCAGCGGCAGCACCAGCACCACCAUCACCGCUCGCACCGGAGCCGCCCGGCCCGCGAGGAGGCAGCAGUAGCGGCGGCGGGGAGACGAGGAGGAGCCGGAGGAGCCGGAGGAGCCGGAGGAGCCGGAGGAUCCGAGCGCGCAGCCGGCGGGUCCACGCAUCUUGCUGGCACUUCCCAGAGCAACUCCGGCGCCUCCCGCACCCCGGCCCCGGGGCUAGGGGCUCGGAGAGCCGCCGCAGAGCCAGCCCUGAGCCUCUCCUCUCCAGCCUUCUCCCCAGCCCAGCCCAGCCCCGCGCUGCGCCGCCCCGGCUCCGCUCCGCGCGGCGUGGGUCCCGCUCCCGCGCCCCGGGCGCGCCCCCCGGACGGACCCCGGCCCCCGCAGGCAGGCAGGACAAAGCCAUGAAGCCGGCGCUGCUGGAAGUGAUGAGGAUGAACAGAAUCUGCCGGAUGGUGCUGGCCACUUGCUUGGGAUCCUUUAUCCUGGUCAUCUUCUAUUUCCAAAGUAUGUUGCACCCAGUCAUGCGGAGGAACCCCUUCGGCGUGGACAUCUGCUGCCGGAAGGGGUCGCGGAGCCCCCUGCAGGAGCUCUACAACCCGACCCAGCUCGAGCUGUCCAGCACGGCCGUCCUGCACCAGAUGCGGCGGGACCAGGUGGCGGACGCCUGCCGGGCCAGCAGCGCGGCCAGCCGCAAGCGGCGCGUGCUCACGCCCAGCGACCUGAAGCACCUGGUGGUGGACGAGGACCACGGGCUCAUCUACUGCUACGUGCCCAAGGUGGCCUGCACCAACUGGAAGCGCCUCAUGAUGGUGCUGACGGGCCGGGGCAAGUACAGCGACCCCAUGGAGAUCCCGGCCAGCGAGGCGCACGUGGCGGCCAACCUCAAGACGCUCAACCAGUACAGCAUCCCCGAGAUCAACCACCGCCUCAAGCGCUACCUGAAGUUCCUGUUCGUGCGGGAGCCCUUCGAGCGGCUGGUGUCGGCCUACCGCAACAAGUUCACGCAGAAGUACAACACGUCCUUCCACAAGCGCUACGGCACCAAGAUCAUCCGGCGGCAGCGCCGGAACGCCACGCAGGAGGCCCUGCGCCGCGGCGACGACGUGCGCUUCGAGGAGUUCGUGGCCUACCUCGUGGACCCGCACACGCGGCGCGAGGAGCCCUUCAACGAGCACUGGCAGACCGUGCACUCGCUCUGCCACCCGUGCCACAUCCGCUACGACCUCGUGGGCAAGUACGAGACGCUGGAGGAGGACUCCAACCUCGUGCUGCGGCUGGCCGGCGUCGGGGGCGCCCUCCGCUUCCCCACCUACGCCAAGUCCACGCGGACUACGGACGAGAUGACCACCGAGUUCUUCCAGAACAUCAGCGCCGAGCACCAGGCGCAGCUGUACGACGUCUACAAGCUCGACUUUCUGAUGUUCAACUACUCAGUGCCAAGCUACCUGAAACUGGAAUAGAGGGGAGGGUGGGGAAGGGGA